CAUUUUGUCACAAAAGAAUAGGUUUUAAUUAAACCAGAGAAAGAAGAACAAAAGAUGAGAGCAGACAGUGUCGCAGCUUUUUCACCAAUCUCAACCUUGUAAGUUUAGGGUUUUUCACAAAUUGAGCUUUCACUCCAUUUUCGUUCCCAAAUACUAUCUCCAAAUUUUGAUUUUACCAUCGAUAUACGACACAACAUCGCAAUUUCUCGCGGGUCGUUUUGAUAACUGGCGAAAUCGCACGAUACCGACAGCGUCGUGCGGUAAUACGACACAUUUGUUGUUUGAUCAUGUUAGCCAAGAGAUUAAGCUCUUUCUUCAAACUCUCCCCAAAACCUCAGAUUUCCACCUCUUGCAGUUCCAUGAAGAAAGUGGAUGAAGAGACUGGCAAAUACUAUGGUAGAAAGGCUGUGUCAUUUGUCUUGAUUACUAUUACAGGUGGUGUUGCUUUGAGUGCCCUUGAUGACCUUGCCAUCUAUCAUGGAUGUAGCAGCAAGGCCAUGGAGAAGGUAAGCAAGAACCAGGCAAUAAUAGAUUCUAUUGGAGAACCAAUUGUUAAAGGUCCAUGGUACAAUGCAUCUCUUGCAGUAGCUCAUGAAAGACGUUCUGUUUCAUGCUCAUUUCCUGUUUCUGGACCACAAGGCAAUGGUGUCUUGCAGCUGAAGGCUGUUCGAAAUGGAGAUGACACUUGGUCUUCCUUUUUCCUUCCUCGUGAUUGGGACAUUUUAAUCAUGGAUGCUCUCCUCCAUAUACCUGAGAAUGAGAAGCACCGAACCUUGCGGAUCAAUCUUGCUGACAAGCCUCUUUCUUGUACUGCUUGCACCGAUAGCACACCUCAUCCAUCAGAAAAUUCAAAGGCAAAAUUGAGUGCCAAUCAAUAAAAGCUUAAUUAGCAAUCUUUAAUUCAUCUAAAAACAAGUUUUUGACAUUUUUAUAUUUUAAACCUUUUACAUGAUUUUGAGGCUAGGUGGACAUCAAUAUUUGGCUGAUAGAAUAAAUUUAUUUCCAAAUUUUCUUUUGGUAAUGUGUUAUAGUAUUAUUCACCAGUCUUAUUUCAUUAUGAAAAUAAAUUUUGUCAUGAAUGAUGUAAAAUUUCUUUAUUUUGGUUCUUUUU